GGUACUAGACAUAGCCAACAUGCAGUUAGCUAGUGAGGUUGGUCAGUUGGUUGUGUGUCCCGAUAGUUCGGGGUCUGGUUACACGAGUAAGGGACAGAACAGUGAAGAUGGUAUCCCUUUAUCAACUGCUCUUGAGAAAAUUGAAGCUGUAUUUUCAGAGCAGUCUAAUUGCUGUCUUGCUACUAAUGGGUCAACCGCGUUACGUCAGAUUCUAGUGCCAGAGAUAAAUAGGAAACUCCAGGAGCCUCUUCCCUCCUUUCUCUCUCAGUUCUUUGACCUACAGAAAGAGCUAGCCAAGAGAUCAAAUAACGAGUUCCAACCUCACAACCUCGUGGAGCUUUGUGAAUGUCUUGGAGUCGAUUGUCCCAAUGAUGUGUCAGGUGCUGAAGAGAUUCCAAUAAUGGCUAAAGCAGCUCAGAAGAUGCUAGUACAAGGUCAUGUUUUUGAAUCGCCCGAGACAGUUCAGCAAAGCUAUUCACAUACCAAUCAAGUCAAUCCUGAUAAUGUAUGUGAUGGUUGUGUUGUGAGGCUGAGGGGUCUUCCUUUCUCUGCUGAUCAUAAUGAUAUUGCUUUAUUUUUGUCUGGACUCAAUAUCAUCCCUGGUGGAGUGGUUUUUAGUAUUAAUCCUGUCGGAAGGAGAACUGGUGAAGCCAUUGUUGUCCUUGAGGGUGAGGAUCAGGCACAAUUUGCCCUUCAAAGGGACAGACAUUACCUGCACCAAAGAUACGUUGAGGUUUAUGAAGCCAGCCCUGAUAAUUUCUUUCAAUUCUGUGAUACCACUGGAUCCAGUGAGAAGGUAUUCACAGUUCGUAUGCAAGGAUUACCUUAUAGAGCUACUGAAUCUGACAUUAUGGAGUUCUUUCAACCAGAGGCUCCAGUCAGUAAUGAAGCUGAUGGUAUAUUAAUUGUUCGUUAUCCUGAUGGUAAAGCUUCUGGCGAUGCUUUUGCUGUAUUCUCAUCUGAGGCUCACGUGGAGGAGGCUCUCAAGAAACACCGCAACAACUUAAUGGGCAGAUACAUUGAAGUGUUUCAUAGCUCACUCAAGGAAUUCUUAGUGGUUCUGAAUAAGUCAGGGACUCCAGAGCAACUUGACAGGUUUGCUUACCUCAAUACUGAGUCUGGAGGAGGAGGAGGAGGAGGAAGGGGAGGAGGAGGAGGGAGUGGUGGUGGUGCAUCAAAGAGAGGAGGAUCAGAAAAGAACUGUGUUAAACUGAGAGGACUCCCUUGGGAAGCAACACCUGAAGACGUCAUCAGUUUCUUUGGUGACUUGAACAGAAGCAUUGAGCAGCAGGGAAUACACAUGGUGUUGAAUGCUCAGAGUCGUCCAACUGGUGAUUGUUUUGUUCAAAUGACAUCAGUGGAUGCUGCUACCAGAGCUGCCAACGAACUGCAUAGGCAAAACAUUGGUCGUCGCUACAUUGAAGUUUUUCAAGUUUCUGGUAAUGACGUGACGUAUGCUUUAAUGGAUACCGGAGGUGGUGGUAGCCGCCCUGGAGGUGGCCACGCCUAUUAUGGAGGAGGUGGAGGAAAUAAAAGAAAGAAGGUUUCAAGCGCCGUCGUCAAAGCACGUGGACUACCUUUUAAUACCAAAGAGUAUGACCUGGUGGACUUCUUUGCUGAUUUCAAU